UUUCGACAAAGCGAGCAGUGAUAAAUACCUCGUGGCCCUCGCCCUUAUCGUCAUCACCACAAGCCCCUCUCCUUACAUCUUAAUCCGCCAGGAUGGUGCACAAGAUCUGGGCGAUCCCGCUCCAGCUCUCCAACUUCAAUAUUAUAAUCGCCGUGCUGGGUGGCUUCAUCUCCCUCUUUGGACUCGUGUCAUACCUCCUAAAGGAGAAUUACUAUCUCUCUGAAGCUCUCAUUUCGCUCUUGGUGGGGGUCGCCUUUGGACCCAAUGGAGCUAACUUCAUCCGUCCGAGAGAAUACGCUGAGUGCAACCAAGAAGGCGUCUCGGCAAUCGAGUGCCGUGACCACCUUAAUGCCAUCACGUUCAACUUCUCCCGGUUGGUUCUUGGCGUGCAGCUGGUCCUAGCCGGCGUGCAGCUCCCAAGCAAGUACCUCAAGAAGGAAUGGAAGUCGGUCUUGCUGCUUGUCGGACCGGGCAUGACAUUCAUGUGGAUCGCGACUAGCCUCCUCGUCUGGGGCCUUGUCAGGACGCCUAGCUUCUUGCAUGCCCUCGCGGUCGGUGCAUGUGUUACGCCCACGGAUCCCGUGCUCUCCGCAGUCAUCGUCAAGGGUAAGUUUGCAGACCUCAAUAUUCCUAAAGACCUCCAGAACCUCAUUAUUGCGGAGUCGGGCACCAAUGACGGGCUCGGCUACCCAUUCCUCUUUUUUGCGCUCUAUCUCAUUAAGUAUGUGGGGUCCGGUGCUGCGUCCGGUGGCGCCGGUGAUGCCAUGGGCCUCUGGUUUGGCUUGACCUGGGGAUACACAAUCAUUCUCAGCGUCCUGUAUGGCGCCGUGGUGGGCUGGGUGGGCAAGAAGCUGCUGCACUGGGCAGAGGAGCGCAAUUACAUCGACCGGGAGAGCUUUCUCGUCUUUGCCGUCGCUAUCGCCCUCUUCGUCCUGGGCACGUGCGGCCUCUUGGGCACCGACGAUGUGCUCGCCUGUUUUAUCGCCGGCAACACAUUUACGUGGGAUGACUGGUUCCGGUUGCGGACUAAGGACGACUCCUUGCAGCCGACAAUCGAUAUGCUCCUCAAUGUCACCAUCUUCCUGUGGUACGGCGCCUACCUACCCUGGGACCACUUUGGUGACAACUCUGUCAUCUCGAUAUGGCGCCUCGUCGUACUUGGUGCUCUGGUGCUCCUCUUGCGGCGUCUGCCUUGGGUUUUUGGCAUGCACAAAUGGAUCUACCAGAUUGAAGAGGUUAGGCAGGCCAUUUUCGUGGGUUUCUUCGGACCCAUCGGUGUUUCUGCCGUCUUCUACCUAUUUGUUAGUAUGGAGUUUGUUGAGGAACAUUUGAGCGAUGAAAAUGGUGUUCCUCGAAGCGACAUUGAGGACCUUGGUGAAACAAUUCGGGUUGUAGUCUGGUUCCUUGUAGUCUGCAGUGUUGUCGUCCAUGGGCUCAGUAUCCCACUUGGAAAGGUAGGAUACCUAGUGCCUCGGACCUUUGGCCGGGUGCUGAGCGAGAACCUAAGCAAUGAGCCGCACGCUGUGGAAGCUCGACGCAGAAUCCCAGUACUGGGCAAGUAUCUUGUCCGAAAGCCUGAAGACGUUGAGUCUAGGCGUGUUCAGCGCACUACCGUCAUAUCGGGUCCGUCAAACCUGCGCCACUCUCACUUGGAAGCAAGUACAUCAGGCGAUCCGUUGCAAGCAGCUGCUGCAUUCGGUACCACAAGCCAAGUUGAGGUCAAAGCUGGGAAAUAACUCUGGUCCCAGUUCCCCACGGGCAGGAUAUUCGGCUUCUUGAUAGAUAUCAAGCCAGCCGCAUGGCUAAAUUGACACCUAGAGGACUUGUAAUGGAUGCCCGGAAGCCCCUCUAGAGGGGAGAGUCCGGAUUUGUGAGAGUGUGCGAUAUUACGAGUACGCAGACUCGUUAUCGAUACAGAUAGUGUGGUAAAUGCAGCGGUCAAUUAGUUGUAGAACUAAUCACUGGUUUGGAAGGUUUUCCAAACCCACAAUCAGAGAUGCGCACCAUAUAGUCAUGUAUAUAUAUCCAUGUUAUAGUCUUAGUAGUAGUUCCUACAUACAGUAUAUCAUACAGGCC